UGAGUCUUCAGUGGUCUGGGGACAAGUAAGAUGAUUACAUGAAUCUUAAUUUUUUUUAAAUGGAAACAUCGCUUUUAAAUGUUGGUUAAAUGUUGGCAAUAAUAUAAAUAAAUAUUUACGAAAUGAACUUACAUGAAAAUAGUUUUAUAACCAUUAAGCUAGUUAAGUAAAGGAGAAAUACAUUUUUAUAGGUUUUAUUAUCUGUGGAUUUUACAAUGAUUCACAGUUUGUUUAUCAAUAACCAUUCAGGAUGGCAGACGUUUGUGGCUGCUCAAAAGACAUCAGGCCAUGGAAAAAUAAUAAGUUUUAUCAACUGAAGAAAGUGACUGGGGACAAGCCCAUUCUCCUGAAGACAUUCCGUUGUUGUAAAAAAAUACUUUGGAAAAAUUCAUGCCCUUGCUGGUUAGAGUCGGCCAAUGAUCGUAUUUUCAUGUAAAGUUUGCACUAAUAUUGAGCUGUACAAUUUUCUGGGAGAGGUCUCACUGGUCUGUUUGCAACAUUGAAGAAUGUCCGAAGUGUUUUCAUGAGCAGUUGCAAGGUCAACAAAAUGUUGACAGAAACGAUAAAGUCACGAGCUGCAGAAGAAGGCAUUCGUGCUGUCAGACGGAAGCAAAAACGGUGAAGAAGUGGAGGUUGUUGAAACUUUUAAAAGUUAAUAAUCACGGAAAGUUGCUUUGUUGACGUACGGCGUUGAAGAAUUUCCUAAGUUCGAUGUAUUCACCUUGGAUAAUACAGAAUUUAUAGAGUUGCCUUCAACGAAUGAAAAGUUACUUCAUGGAUGACGAACGUUACGAGUCUAAAGGUGAAGGAGCGGAAUAUUACCCCGACUAUGAAAUUCAUAUUUUAGGCUUAAAAGAUCAUGGCUCUGUUGAAGAGAGUAAUGUUAACAAUAGAAACAGGUUACAAAUGUCUCAUGAAACCCUUCAUAUUGCUGGUGUAUCAGCGAAUCAAACUCAUGAAGCUAAAGAGAGUCGUGUGGACAACGUGAUUCGUGUUUCCUACGAGAGUCGUGAAAAUAACGAGAGACGAGUUGUUAAUGAGGAUCGUGUUGUUGAUAAGUGGAAGUCUUCUUCAGAGUUUCAUGAAAACAGAAAAAAGGAAAGUGGUAAUUUCAAUGUUGAUGAUAAAUAUGGAGAAUAUGUGAAGCUAAAGUCCAGUGCUCCACUACGUACAGAGAGGUUACAGUCAAUCAACGUGUCUUCCAAGGAGGCAGCUGCAAUGACAUCACGUAAUAUGGCGUCACAUGACAACCGUUCAAGAAACAUGAUGCCCAGUGAUUCAGUGAGAAAUUAUACCAACAUGGGUUACAGUCAAUAUGGUGAUGAUGUGUCUAGUGUUGAUCAUCAACAACCUGUUGUUGUUGUGAGAACAUUUGAUCAUCCAGGAAAGUCGUACUCUUACAGAUCAGUUGUACUACCACAGACCAGUUAUACUAUUACAGCUCGGUUGCAGUACAAGUCACUGACUCGAAUUCAACUGCACACGUAAUCCUACUCUGUUAUUUAUUCACCUCCAAUGGCUUACUAUGCUUAAUUUUAUCAAACACACACGUUGUCUUUCAGGGAUGUAUUGAUAUCGCCAAUUGGAGGGGCUCUUAUUCAUAUAUGCAUGUUAUAGAUCCGUAGAUAACAAUACAUUUCAAAAGAUAUUAAUUCAGCA